AUCCCUUUAAACUUGAAGGACUAAAAAAAAAAAAAUCAGCCAUGGAAAUUUUUGCUACUCUCCGGUGAAGAAGAACAUCUCUUUCUCAUUCGGUGGCGUUUGAAGAUGAUGGUACAAAUUGCGGUGUGUACCCACGUUCACAUUCAGCCUCGUCUCUCUCCCACCCCAUCACCCAUUUCACUCUCUUUCUCAUGUAGGACUCCCAAAUUCGAAACAAAAACGAACAAAACUCGGAAAACUCAAGCAGUGAAGCUUGGUGCUAUCACUGCUUCUGCUUCCAUUUCUGGUUCUGGGUCUUUGAAUUCAACAGCUUGUGAGCAAUUGGUGCCAGAAAACGACGCAAAGAAGAAAAGGGUGUUUUUCUUGGAUGUUAAUCCUCUUUGUUAUGUGGGAAGCACACCAAGUUUACGUUCUUUCGGUCACUGGGUCUCUCUUUUCUUCUCUCAAGUCAGCCAUAGCGAUCCUGUCAUUGCUGUUCUUGAUGGGGAGGGUGGUAGUGAGCAUCGCCGACAGUUAUUACCUUCAUAUAAAGCACACAGGAUGAAAUUCUUAAGACAAUUACCAGCGUCACAAAGAUUUUCAAGGGGUCAUGUUGGAAAGUCGCAUGGAGUCAUCAUGGAUGUUUUUAGAAAAUGCAAUGUGCCAGUCAUAAAACUUGAGGGCUAUGAAGCAGAUGAUGUUGUAGCUACACUUGCAGGACAAGUUCUACAACAAGGCUAUCGGGUGGUAAUUGCCUCUCCUGAUAAAGAUUUUAAGCAAUUGAUUUCAGAAGAUGUCCAAAUUGUUAUGCCUUUAGCAGAGUUAGACCGAUGGUCCUUUUACACCCUAAAGCACUACAUAGCUCAAUAUGAUUGCAAUCCGUGCUGUGAUUUGAGCCUUAGAUGCAUUGUGGGUGAUGAUGUUGAUGGUGUUCCUGGGAUCCAACAUGUGGCCCCUGGAUUUGGUCGAAAGACUGCCCUAAAGCUUUUAAAAAAGCAUGGUUCAUUGGAAAAUUUACUAAAUGCUGCUGCAGUGAGAACUGUAGGACGACAGUAUGCUCAAGAUGCCCUUACAAAGCACGCUGAUUACCUGCGGAGGAAUUACAAGGUUCUUGCCUUGAGGAGGGAUGUUGAUGUUCAACUUAAAGAGGAAUGGUUGGUUAAGAGAGAAGCACACAAUGAUUCAACUGCUCUAUAUAAUUUCUUCAAAUUGUUGGAAGGAACUAAGAAGCUCACACAUCAAUCUCAUGGAUCUUAUUUUUCAAAUGGCUAAGACCCAACAGGAUAUCUCCAGAUGAAGAAUUAGUAUGCUUGAUAACCAAGAGCAUUAGAGACAUUUAACUGACAAUUCAAGUGAACUGCCAUAUUCUAGCAGAGAGCUUUAGUAGCUCAAAAAUGAAGAGGGCUAAACAGGUUAUUAAAAUUUGAUGUUCCAUUUGCAGAUUUUACUGUAGGGUUCUUUUUGCAGUGGGGAUAAGAGAAACUUCACAGGGCAUGGUGGCUUGCAAUGCGGUCAGGCACCAUUCUUAUUUCUGAGAGACUACAACAAUGUUGGAUUGGCUAAAACGGGCUCCAAUUUCCGAAUGCAGGCUGUUGGAAAUCAGGAACUUUAAAUUUGAUCAAUAUGUCUAUGCGGCGAUCCCCGCAAAUGCAAUUUUUGAUGCUUAUCUGUUUAUCGUUUUUCCUCCCCUGAACUAUACAUCUGAGUGGACUACAGAUUUAUAUAUUGCUUUCUCUUGGUUAGAAUGUUUCUUACUUGACAAGAUGUCAAUAGCUUCACCUUGGACCAAGUUUUCCUCAUUCUCUUCACCCCUUGCCCUUUGGCAUGAUGCUAAAGAUAUAUUUUUCUCUUUUCUUUCUGGGACAUUUUGGUUCAUAGUGUAAACUUCUUAUGCGGAUCAUCUUCCCUGUUCAAACUUCAUCCUCGUUAUUGUUAUCUUAAUUGAAACACAUCCCAUUUG